AUGCCGUCGUUGCUGUGGCAUCUAUCGCUACUGCUGCUGCUGGUUCAAGCUGCUGCGGCCAGCGACGAUGACGCCACGGUGCCCUUCAACUCGUGGAACAACACGGUGGACACGCUGCAGUACGCGCUGGCCUUCAUCGUCGUGCUCGUGGCCGCGCACCCGCUCGGCCUCUACUUUCCCAGGCUCUUCAAGCUGCCGCUGAUCACGGGCUACUUGGUCAUCGGCAUCAUCGCCGGGCCGUUCGUGGCCAACCUGCUGCCCAAAGGGCUCGUGGACAUGCUGUCCAGCUACGUGAGUGCGCUGGCGCUGUCCUUCAUCUCGUUCCAAGCGGGCCAGGAGAUCUACCUGCCGGAGCUGAGGCCGCAGCUCAAGCAGAUCUUCGCGCUGCUGAGCGUGCUGUACGUGACGGCCAUGGUGAUCCUCACCACGGUGCACCUGCUGGCCAACAACGCCUUCUUCUACGACGACUUCAUCACCAACUGCCAGCUGGGGAUCGCGCUCAUGUUCGGCUCCAUCUCGGUGCUCGGGUCGCCAGCCACCGUCAUGGCCAUCAAGAUCGAGCUCAACAGCGUCGGACCGUUUACGAACCUCAUGCUGGGGGCCACGAUGACUGCGGAAUUCGUGGUGCUCGUGUCCUUCUCCAUUUCAAGAAUUGUGUGCUCCAUCUACUGCGCGGACCUGGAGGUUUCUAUGGGGAAUCUGCUCUUCACGCUGUCGAUCGUCGUCUCGAACCUCGUACUCGGCGCGAUCAUCGGCCUGAUCAUCAUCCUGAUCUUCCAGAUCCCCGGCAGCACGGCGGACGAGCACCUGGAUCUGCAUGACCCGGAGUCGAUCACGGCGUCGAACUUCAGUCAAAAGCUCGACCUGGAAGGCUCUCAGGACCCGGACAGGAUGCCGCACCCGCACAAUGCGUACGUGGAGGAGACGGACCACGAACGGAGGCGCUUAAGACGACAUGCCUUCUGGACCACGAGGAUGUCGCUGUACGUCAAGGGCUUCCUCUGGCUCACGCUGGGCUACGUGUUCUACAUCUCGACUACGACCAUCAGCGAGGCGACUGUGGCGUCUUAUGGACUGUCCUGGGAGGUCAAGUUUGAGCCGCUGCUCGUGCUGAUGGUCGCUUCGUGCCUCGCUGGCCACAACUCACUCAUUCGCCACGACAUGCACGUGAUCCUCGAUACCGUGGCACCCUACAUGUUCCUGCCUUUCUUCGUGAUGACCGGAGCGGCUUUGAAGUUGGACAAGGUGGUGGACGCGAUCCCGCUCAUGAGCCUGUACGUUUGUCUGCGCUUCGUGGCGAUCUUCAUCGCCUGCUACUUGGGCGGACGGUUCCUGCUGAAGCUUACGCCGAGGCAGUACAACAAUCUCUGGCUGACCAUGACCCCGCAGGCCGGUGUGGCUCUGGGUUUGGCCAACGAGGUGAAGGCGCUGAGUACGGACCCGUGGGCGGGUGAAUUCGCGGCGACUAUCGUGGCAGCUGUGGUGGUGAACCAGAUCGUCGGCCCUGUACUCUGCGCUAUUGGACUCAGUCGUGCUGGCGAGAGUAUGUACGACCGAGUGGCCGAGCCUCAACCUAUCGAAGACGGAGCUGAUGUCUCGGACAGCGAGAGCAGCGUCAAUGGUGGCCGAAGUCUCCAUCGAACAAGAAGUCGGCUGUCCAGCAGCAACAUUACACAGGGUAACGGCGACCCGCGCACGUUGCUACCAUUCUACAAGGUCAAGAGUGCUGUGGUCAUCGGAGAGGACGAAGUGGCGUUUGAGAUCGCGCUCGAGCUGUCACUGUAUGGAGCUCAAGUCAACGUUCCCCUGUUAGACAAGGAACAAGCGGACAAGUGGCAUACUAUCAACAAAACCAUUUUGUCACGGUCAGCCAAGGGUGAGCUGAUCCAGUACAAGAACAAGGUGCGAGAACGCGAGAACGACGAGCACGUGCAAGGAAUGUCGUCGGCUGACGUGUUGAUCUUCACUGGAGACGGCAUGCGUACGCUUGAGCACGUCCGCACGAUGAAGGCUCUUCUAGGAGAAGAACACCCUCGCAUGAUCGCAGUCAUUCCCGACUGCACUUUCAGCAAGGACCUGAAGGAGCUGGGGGUCCUCAUCAUCCAACCUGCGAUCGCGCUGGCGAAUAUCGCGACGCGCAUGGCGCUGCUGGACCAGAAGCUGGCCAAGUCCCUCUCGCAGGAGAUCAGCACCACGAGCGACUUCGCCACCGCCGCGUACUUCAUGAACCGCGACUCGAUCCACUCGCUGUCCGAAAUGCGUCUCGAAGGUCGUCGUCUGGCGCUCGGCAGGAGUGUCGUCAACCACCACUCCGUCAACUACGACCGCCUGGCCGAGGCCCUCGCCGCCGAAAACCUCCCGAUGCCGCCGCCACCGUCGCGUGUGUCCAUGUUCGGUACCUCCGCAGCUGGAUUCGACCCGUUCGCGAGACGCGGUGACGGCAUGUCGGCCUACGAGCACUUCGUGGUGCAGGACGAACCUGAUGCAAACGACGAGACGGUCUUCAACGCGCAGUUCGUGCAGCGUUCGCCUCGCCUGGGCGUCUUCCCCUCGCCACAAGGCAGCAACCCGUACUCGUUCGUACGCUCUCGGUCGUCUCGGAACUCUGGAGGUGGCCGUCCUCGCUUGAACUCGGCCACCGGCAGCGUGCACCGGGGACUCCCGCGCACGUACUCGGAUCUCGUGUAGCAUUGGCACUUCAAGCCAGAAAAGUUUUAUCUUAUCGAUCUUUGCUCAUUAUCAGGCAAAACUUGUUCCGCAGCGAAAGAAGCUGCUAGAGACUGAUAGGACACUAUCGUUAGC